GGUACAUGAUAAGCGUUGUACCAGGAAGUGACGUAAUGUUGUUAAACUCGAGUGACCCGUCAUCCCAAUAAAAGAAGAAUGAUUUUGGGACCCCUCUGUGGGUAUCGACAAUAGUAACAAAUGUAAAUAAACGUCUAUAUAAAGGGUGGAAGCUGAGGGAUAAUGGAUACCCUGUCCAGCCAUAGCUCCUACCUCCUGCAGCAGCUCCAGGAGCAAAGAAUCCAAGGGCUGCUUUGUGACUGCAUGCUGGUGGUUAAAGGUGUCUGUUUUAAAGCUCACAAAAAUGUCCUGGCUGCCUUUAGUUCCUACUUCAGGUCAUUGUUCCAGAAUUCUCCCAGUCAGAAGAACGAUGUGUUUAACUUGGUCAUCCAAGAUGUCAGUGGCAUUGGCCAGAUAUUGGACUACAUGUAUACCUCCCACCUGGACAUCAACCAAGAGAACGUACAGGCCCUUCUAGACAUUGCACAGAACUUACAAGUCCCAAACGUUCAGAAUUUGUGUAAUGCUUUUCUCAAACCUUGCCCCCCACCUGUGGAAAUGCAUUCAUUCACUCUCCCAGGAAUGCUAGGCUCAGAGCACGAUUGCCUUCUGGGAAGCAGCCUGACUCAAGACGUCAACCUCCACUGCCCCACAGAACCUUCGCGGUCCAAUUUUUACAGUGAAACCGAACAUGCCAGAAGAAUGCCGGUUUCCUUACCCAACAGCAGCUCUAACUGUGACAUGUCUAGCUCCUCCCAACCUGCGGAAAAGCCUCUGCACCAUGGAUACAAGCUGCGUAAUUUCUACAGUAAGCAGUACUUCAAGCUAAGUGCAAUUCAGACAAACAAUGCUGCUUCAAAUCAAGGUCCAGGCCCUUUGAUGAUGGCAGAGGAGCAGGCGUGUCAGCUUGGAAUUACCCCCAGAGCCAGCGACACAUCUGUGAGUUCAGGAAACCCACUAAGUUCUCCUACAUCAUCUGCAUCAGCAGAAAAAAAAGAUGUCUCCUCUUUAACGCCCUCUGACAAUUUAAACACUCCCAACACAGAUUUGGCUGAUUCUCUAAGCAACAAGCCUGUUCGCCCAAAGAAGACAGUGUAUCUGAAGAAAUAUAAUUACCUCCGCUCCCAAAAGGCUCUUGAGGAAAUGUGCAACAAGUCAGUCAGCGAACCUGUUCUCAGCUGCCCCACAGAGCACAAUCAGGAAGAAUCUGUGGUGCAGACAGAAACUCCAGAAGCUCCAGUUGAAACCAGCAGUGUAAGGAGAGAAGAGGUUUUGGAGACAGCAGAGGUCCAGCUCCCCAAUCUGCCUGGAAGCCAAGAUGAGCAGAAUCUAAAGUCUGUACCGGGGCCUCCACAGCAGCCAGGACACAAGCAGUAUUGCUGUGAGGUCUGCGGGAAGAUCUUCAAACACCCAAGUAACCUGGAGCUGCACAAACGAUCACAUACUGGUGAAAAGCCUUUCCAGUGCAGUAUUUGUGGAAAAAACUUCUCUCAGGCAGGGAAUUUACAGACUCAUUUGAGGCGACACUCUGGAGAGAAGCCAUACAUUUGUGAACUAUGUGGCAAAAGCUUUACUGCAGCGGGGGAUGUUAAUCGUCACAAAGUAGUGCACACAGGAGAGAAGCCCCAUCUUUGUGACAUAUGUGGUCGAGGAUUUAACAACUUGGGCAAUCUGAAAGAACACAAGAGGACCCACGCAAUGGACAAGAUUUUCACUUGUGACCAGUGUGGCAAGUCCUUCAACACACACAGAAAGCUUCUGAAGCACAAAGCCCGUCAUACUGGGGAAAAGCCCCACUGCUGUGCCACCUGUGGCAAAUGCUUCGUUGGCUCAGGAGAUCUGCAGCGCCACAUCCGAUCACACACCGGAGAGAAACCCUACAUCUGCAGCACCUGUGGAAAGAGCUUCACCCGAUCGGCCAUGUUGAGGCGGCACAGAAACAUGCACUGCAAAGGACCCUCUGUGGACAACAUGGAGACCGUCAGUCCUGAACGGCCGCAGAAUACAAGCCAAGCUGCCUCAGUCUCCAAACCCGAGCGCCGCGACAGAGCGCCAGCGGUCACACAGCAUCCACACUUCCCUACCAUGAUGCCGAAUCAGACGUUAGAGAAACCUUCACCCGCUUCUCCCUCAUCACCAAUGGCAGCUCCACAUGUACAGACUCCACCCUCCAGCGCACACCUCAGUCCAGCAUCCAACCCCCUUCCAGAGCUUCGCUCGCUAGUUCCUCAUCACCUUCUGUCAUCCAACCCUCAGGAGAGAAGUUCAGCCCUUCCUGCCACAGACCGCAUAAAACUUGCUAAACAUCAUGGGACUCAAGAGGCUCUUUAUGUUCCCUAUGUGGAGAAUGGUAAUAUGCCUUCAGACAGAGAUGCAGCGGGGAAGUCUUACCUGCCUCCUGCAGACAGCAACGCCCUCACAGGGUCCAGCAGGCAGUUUAGAUCAGGUGAAGGACAGUUUAUCUCUAGUGUAACUCUGUGGGGUCUGGCUAUGAAAACCCUGCAGAAUGAUAAUGAAAUGGAGCAGUGAAUGUUGUGUUUGCUUUAGAUACUAAAAAAAAAAAAAAUACAAAAUUAAUGAAAUUAUUGCAGUUUUAAAAAGGUUUUACUGAAUUAGUCUACAUUUUAGUUAUUUAUUAUGCAAGAAUGGCUGGUUUAGUUGAAAUAAAAAAUAAUUUAAUUGCACAAAAAAAAUAUUUGUUUUCUGAUUUUACUAAUACAAUAAUUGAUUUUUUCUGGUAAUGCUGCAUCCAGUGACGUUCCAAAUGUUUAACAUAUUUCAUCUUAAAUCAGUCGACAUGCUGAGGUGUGUUCAUAUGAAAGGAAUGCAUCCAGCUGUUCCUUCUGCGUCACUUUCAAUUUAGCCUAUUAGGUGUUUUUUUUUUUGUUAUCUUAUCUCUAAUCAAUCAAAUCAAAUACUUUAUAUUUCUGGUCAGAAUUUCCUUUGCUGGCUGAAUGCAGAGCAGAGAAAAACGAUCACAAGUUAAUUCAAUACGACACCUAUACACUCAGUAAAAUACAGACGAUGUAUACUCAGACCUGCUGAAGCACGCAAAUAAAUAUAUAAAUAUAUGAAGCGACAUAAUAAUAAAAAAAAUAAUUAAGAUACCACUGACAAGCUGUUUAGCUGUUGAAUCCAAAUCUACCAUUGUUUUAUUGGGCUCAUACUCUUUAAAACAGGGAUGUCAAACUCAAUUACAUAGGGAGCCAAAAUCCAAAACACUCCUUAUGGUCACGGGCCGAACAGGAUAAACAUUU